AUGGCUGCUGCGUCAAGGAAGGCGUCGGAUUCCGGAGCCGACGUCCUCGCGUCUGCGGCGGUGGUGGUGGCGCUGGCGCUGCGGGCGCAGGCCGCGCCCGCCGCGGCGCUGGUGCCGUACGGGCGCGGACUGGCGUUGGACCUGCUCGACGACCCGUUCCGGGUGCUCGAGCAGUCGCCGUUCUCGGCCGCCUCGGCGGCGCCGAGCCGGGUGGCGGGCGGCGCCGAGGCGGGGGUGGCGCUGGCGCGGUGCGACUGGAAGGAGACCCCCGACGCGCACGUCAUCUCGGUGGACGUGCCCGGCGUGCGGCGGCAGGACGUGAGGGUCGAGGUGGAGGAGGGCAGCCGGGUGCUCCGCGUCUCCGGCGAGCGGCGGGCGGAGGAGAGGGAGGGCGAGCGGUGGCACCGCGCCGAGCGCGCCGCGGGGCGGUUCUGGCGCCGGUUCCGGAUGCCCGCCGGCGCCGACGUCGACCGCGUCGCGGCCAGGCUGGAGGCCGUGCUCACCGUCACCGUGCCCGAGGUCGCCGGGCACCGCGGGCGGGAGCCGCGCGUCAUCAGCAUUGCCGGCGGCGACGAGGGCGGCGCGGAGGCGGCUGAGGUCAGGGCGUCCAAGGCCCAGAUGUGAU